UCUUAUCUGAGCUCGUCUCGCCGGGAUGGAAAUGAUGCGUUGAACCGUUGCUAUCAUACAUAUUUGGCAGUAUUUGAGGUACCAAGUGCCAGUGAUCGUUUGACCGUUAAGUUGUCUAAGUGUGUGGACAACAGAACUUCCAAAAGUAUAGAGAUGAAGUUACUUAUUCUGGCAGUGCUAGCAGUGAUCGGUGCAAGCCAUGCAGCUCGCCCCGGUGCCAAUGAGGUGAUCGAUACGUUCAGGUCAAUCGUUCCACGGUACAUCGAUACGAUUGCUGAAGAUCAGCAGCAAAUAUUCGCGCUGGAACACGAAGAAACGCAAGCGUUAACCCAAUUCCACUCCGAUAUUGUACGCACAAAGGAAACGUUCGUCAAAUCCGUCACACUGCAGGAAGAUCAGCUGAACGGUUUGAUGAGGGGUCAGAACACAUCCGUUGCCGAUGGGCAGUGCAUGCAAUUCGUCCAGAGAGCUACUAACGAAACAGUCAACGUGAUCGGUGUGGCAUAUACUACGUGCAUUAACGAGGCCGAUGAAUCAUUGGGUAAUGUCACUGCGUCGUACUACGGCAGUAUCGGAGCACUGGAACAAGCGUCCACCAAUCUACGACUGCUGGAUGUAUUCCGGGGCGACAAUGUGUUUUACACACCGUACAAUAUUGUGAAUAAACUGCACCAGAAGGAAGCGGAUUUGUUACAGAACAGACCACCAUUAGCAGCUGAGCUGGAGACACAAAAACAGGGCUUCGAGGCAGAUUUGAUGGAGAUCCUUAACAGAUACAUUGUGUGCAUGACCACUGCAGAAAUGUCCUUUCGAACCUACAUCGAUCUGGCUCGCCAGCAGUUGAGCUACAUUUGCGGUGCAAACCUCAACAUUGUCGAGAACUAAAGAGGUAUCCGAAACAGAAGAAUGAUUAUAAUAAUUUGAAGCAUAUUUUAAUAAACACAAAUCCUUGAGAGGUAUGUUUCUCGCA